UCCAUCGCCCCUUCCUCCUUCUGUCUUUCUCCCCCCCGCCCGGGGCUGGGGGGCCCAGGUGGGGCCAUGGCGCUGGUCACCUCGCCCACCGAGCUGGAGUGCCUGACCAAGCCGCUCUUCUGCCGCAAGGGGGCGCUGCGCCAGAAGCUGAUCCACGAGGUCAAGAGCCACAAAUUCACGGCGCGAUUCUUCAAGCAGCCCACGUUCUGCAGCCACUGCACGGACUUCAUCUGGGGGAUCGGGAAGCAGGGACUGCAGUGUCUAGUCUGCAGCUUCGUUGUACACAAACGGUGCCAUGAAUUUGUCACCUUCGAAUGCCCGGGAGCCGGGAAAGGACCCCAGACAGAUGACCCCCGGAACAAGCACAAGUUCAAGAUUCACAGCUACAGCAGCCCAACCUUCUGCGACCACUGCGGCUCCCUGCUCUACGGGCUGGUGCACCAGGGCAUGAAGUGCUCCUGCUGCGAGAUGAACGUGCACAAGCGCUGUGUGCAGAGCGUGCCCAGCCUGUGUGGGGUGGAUCACACGGAGCGCCGCGGCCGCCUGCAGCUCCGCAUCGAGACGCUCGGCGGGGAGGAGAUCCGCGUCUUCGUGGGUGAGGCCCGGAACCUCAUCCCCAUGGACCCCAACGGGCUGUCGGACCCUUACGUGAAGCUGAAACUCAUUCCGGACCCCAAGAACGUGAGCAAGCAGAAAACCCGGACUGUGAAAUCCACUCUGAACCCCGUGUGGAACGAGACCUUCCUAUUCACGCUGAGGCCGGGAGACGUGGAGCGGCGGCUGUCCAUCGAGGUGUGGGACUGGGACCGCACCUCACGCAAUGACUUCAUGGGAGCCAUGUCCUUCGGCGUGUCGGAGCUGCUCAAGGGACACGCGGAUGGAUGGUACAAGUUACUCAACCAGGAGGAGGGGGAGUAUUACAAUGUCCCCGUGGCUGAUGCCGAAAAUUGUGGGCUGCUGCAGAAAUUUGAGGCCUGCAACUACCCCCUGGAGCUGUACCAGAAGGUGCGCCACGGCCCGGGCCCCUCGUCCACCCCCAGCCCCACGGACUCCAAGCACGGCAGCUUCUUUGGGACCAGCCGCUUCCACAUCUCCGACUUCAACUUCCUCAUGGUGCUGGGGAAGGGCAGCUUCGGCAAGGUGAUGCUGGCCGAGCGGCGGGGCACGGACGAGCUCUACGCCAUCAAGAUCCUGAAGAAGGACGUGAUCAUCCAGGACGACGACGUGGAAUGUACCAUGGUGGAGAAGCGGGUCCUGGCGCUCAGCGACCGGCCGCACUUCCUCACCCAGCUGCACUCCACCUUCCAGACCACGGACCGGCUCUAUUUCGUGAUGGAAUACGUCAAUGGCGGAGACCUCAUGUACCACAUCCAGCAGGUCGGGAAGUUCAAGGAGCCUCAUGCCAUGUUCUACGCAGCAGAGAUCGCCAUCGGCCUCUUCUUCCUGCACAACAAGGGCAUCAUCUACCGGGAUCUGAAGCUGGAUAACGUGAUGCUGGAUGUCGAGGGCCACAUUAAGAUCACGGAUUUCGGGAUGUGCAAAGAGAACAUCUUCCCCGGAGUGACCACCCGGACCUUCUGUGGGACCCCCGACUACAUCGCCCCAGAGAUAAUCGCCUACCAGCCCUACGGGAAGUCGGUGGAUUGGUGGUCCUUCGGCGUGUUGCUCUAUGAGAUGCUAGCGGGGCAGCCCCCCUUUGACGGGGAGGACGAGGACGAGCUGUUCCAGGCGAUCAUGGAGCACACGGUGUCCUACCCGAAGUCGCUGUCCCGCGAGGCCGUCUCCAUCUGCAAAGGGUUCCUCACCAAGCACCCCCUGAAACGCCUGGGCUCGGGGCCGGCCGGGGAGCAGGACAUCCGGGAGCACGGCUUUUUCCGCUGGAUGGACUGGGAGAGCCUGGAGCGCCUGGAAAUCCCCCCGCCCUUCACCCCCCGCCCGUGCGGCCGGAGCGGCGAGAACUUCGACAAGUUUUUCACGCGGGCGCUGCCGGCGCUGACCCCCCCGGACCAGCUGGUCAUGGCGGGGCUGGACCAGAGCGAAUUCCAGGGCUUCACCUAUAUCAACCCCGACUUCGUGCACCUCUCGCUGCGCCCCCCCACCUCCCCCAUCUCCAUGGUCUGACCCGUCGGCUCCCCCGUGGCUUAACCUGCCCGUAACCUGAGCACUCCCCCCCCCCCGCGAUCUACCCUGUACGUGGUCUGACCCCCCUCCCCGGCUUGUGUGCACAGAAAUGCAGCCUCCUCUGGGGUGGGGGGUGGGUACACGGGGACCCCUCGCCCGGCCCAUUUCAUGGCUAUGCAGCAAAACCAUAAAAAAAAAAAAAGUUUGGGACAGGAAGUGAAAGAGAAUCUCACACCUAAACACAGCGGUGACCUGGAUUUCAGGAGGCCCUGACGGCCAGGGGAGAGCGCCCCCUGCUGCCCCCUGCAGCCCAGCGCCCCCUAGUACCGCCCUGGGGCAUCGGGGCCAGCCCUGCCUGCCAGGGGCCAGAGCCCCCUGCAGCCCAGCGCCCCCUAGCACC